CUCGCGCCUUCCGCCCACCCGUAGCGCGACCAGCAUCCGACGAACGCCUGAAGAGUCUCGGCGCUAUCCAAAAACUCUGCCUCUUGGAUAACAUCAGCUCGGACAGACACUAUGGAGGACGUCGAGUUCACUAAGUCGCAUUCGCAGUCGCCGCUGCCUGAAGCUGGCAACGACCCGGCUGACCCUCUGCGCCCCGAGAUUGAUGAGGAGAACACCACUCCGAAUCCUCCAAUUGGCGAUCCAGACCAAGAUAUGGAGGUGACAGAGGACCGACCUGGAGAGAUGCCCGAUCAAGACGAUGUCGAAGCUGGCUUGUCUGACAACGAGUCGGUGCUUUCCGAGGCGCUCAACGAUGACCAGAUGGACGAGCAGUUUGGCGACUUCGACAUCAACAAUGUCGCCAUCGACGAGCGCCCUGCCCAGAUCAUAGACGAGGACAACGUAAAGCAGAUUGGUGUACACAAGCGCAAGCGCACUGCAGGCGAAGGCGAAGAGCCCAAGAAGAAAAAGAAGAGGGCGGACAAGCCGCGCCGCAAGAAGAACAAGGAUGGUGAAGAGGACGGAGACAUCGCCGAGGGGGGCGAAAGGCGGAGCAAGCGAUCCAAGAAAGCAGGCAGAGUACGAGACGUAAGCCCAGAAGGUGAUCCAGACGAGAAUCUCACCCCAGAAGAACGUAGGAAGAAGGCCCUGAAUGCUCAGAUCGAUAGCAUUGUCAAGGGCAGCUCGAAUCGUCGUCGCAAGAAGGACGGAAUCGACCUGGAGCAAAUGGCCGACCAGGAAAUCGAGGAGAUGCGGCGUCGCAUGGCGCAAGCUGCUGAGGCUGACAACGAAGGCCGAAAGCGCAACGAGCCAGCGCGACACAAGCUCAAACUUUUGCCCGAAGUCACAGCUCUUCUCAACAAGAACAACCUGAGGGAUACUAUUGUGGACCCUGAAGUGAACCUGCUCGAAUCAGUGCGCUUCUUCCUGGAGCCCCUGAGCGAUGGCAGUCUGCCCGCAUAUGAUAUUCAGAAAGACUUAUUCGCUUCAUUGGCAAAACUUCCUGUCAACAAAGACACGCUUGUCGCAUCUGGCAUCGGCAAGGUCAUCAUGUUCUAUAUCAAGAGCAAGAAGCCCGAGUUGAGCAUCAAGCGGCAAGCCGAGCGCCUCUUUACAGACUGGACUCGCCCUAUCCUUAGGCGAACAGACGACUACCGCAAGAAGGAGUUUGCCCAAGCCGACUACGAUCCAAGUCAAAUGAACAGCGGCGACAGGACAGUCAAUAGCCAGCAAGCCGCCAUUGCCGCCAGCCGACAGAAGGCCCUGGAGGCCCCUCGUGCUUUUCAACGUGCUCGCAUGGAGUCUGGUCCAACCACCUACACCAUUGCACCCAAGAGCAAUGUUGUAUUCAACGAGAACGCUCGAAGUCGUUCGACCAAUGUGGACAUUAUGAAGCAGAUCAAGGGCGGUCGUGGUGGAGGCAGGCGCUGAGCUGGUGUGCCAACAGAAAGCUCUUAUUUCAUGGGAACCCUUUUCUCUUUCUUUCAUCAUUGGCUCUCUGUGAGGGCCAUGACCUUUACACUGCAGAGACGUUUGGGAAUAGUUUUAUGUGCGUGAUUUGGGACAUGUGGGCAGAAUGCAUAGCGGGCGUUUCUUUGCACGUCGGGAUUGUUUAUGUGAUUUAGCCAGUCUGUUAUUCUUUUGAAAAGCUUGUACUGUACAAUAGAAC